CGUGAGGCGCUGCUGCCGUGUUCCCAGCAGGCUUUGCGUGCGCCUUGCUUCCUCCGGGCCUUACGAGCGAGCGCGUGAGCGGCUUUUCGUAUCCGACCAUGGCGCUUCACGUUCCCAAGGCCCCGGGGUUUGCCCAGAUGCUCAAAGAUGGAGCAAAACAUUUUUCAGGAUUAGAAGAAGCUGUGUAUAGAAACAUACAAGCUUGCAAGGAGCUUGCCCAAACCACUCGAACGGCGUAUGGACCAAAUGGCAUGAAUAAAAUGGUUAUCAAUCAUGUAGAGAAGUUGUUCGUGACAAAUGAUGCAGCAACUAUUUUAAGAGAGCUAGAAGUGCAGCAUCCUGCUGCAAAAAUGAUUGUGAUGGCCUCUCAUAUGCAAGAGCAGGAGGUUGGAGAUGGCACAAAUUUCGUUCUGGUAUUUGCUGGAGCUCUUCUAGAACUAGCUGAAGAACUUCUCAGGAUUGGCUUGUCAGUAUCAGAGGUAAUAGAAGGUUAUGAAAUAGCCUGCAAAAAAGCCCAUGAGAUUCUUCCUGAUUUGGUAUGCUGUUCUGCAAAAAACCUUCGAGAUGUGGAUGAGGUGUCAUCGCUGCUUCGUACCUCCAUAAUGAGUAAGCAGUAUGGUAAUGAAGCAUUUCUGGCCAAGCUUAUUGCUCAGGCAUGUGUAUCUAUUUUUCCUGAUUCCGGCAAUUUCAAUGUUGAUAACAUCAGAGUAUGUAAGAUUCUGGGCUCUGGUAUCCAUUCAUCUUCAGUAUUGCAUGGCAUGGUCUUUAAGAAGGAAACCGAAGGUGAUGUGACAUCUGUCAAAGAUGCAAAGAUAGCAGUGUAUUCUUGUCCAUUUGAUGGCAUGAUUACAGAAACUAAGGGAACGGUGCUGAUAAAGACUGCUGAAGAACUGAUGAAUUUUAGUAAGGGAGAAGAAAAUCUCAUGGAUGCACAAGUCAAAGCUAUUGCUGGCACUGGUGCAAAUGUCAUAGUAACAGGUGGCAAAGUAGCAGACAUGGCUCUUCAUUAUGCAAACAAAUACAAUAUCAUGUUGGUGAGGCUGAAUUCAAAGUGGGAUCUCAGAAGACUGUGUAAAACAGUUGGUGCUACAGCUCUUCCUCGAUUGACUCCUCCUGUCCUCGAAGAAAUGGGACAUUGUGACAGUGUUUACCUCUCAGAAGUUGGAGACACACAAGUGAUAGUUUUUAAGCAUGAAAAAGACGACGGUGCCAUUUCUACUAUAGUGCUUCGAGGCUCUACAGACAAUCUGAUGGAUGAUAUAGAGCGGGCAGUAGAUGAUGGUGUUAAUACUUUCAAAGUUCUUACAAGGGAUAAGCGUCUUGUACCUGGAGGUGGAGCAACAGAAAUUGAAUUGGCCAAACAGAUUACAUCAUACGGAGAGACGUGUCCUGGACUUGAGCAGUAUGCUAUCAAGAAGUUCGCUGAAGCAUUUGAAGCCAUUCCACGGGCACUUGCAGAAAAUUCUGGAGUUAAGGCCAAUGAAGUAAUCUCUAAACUUUAUGCAGUGCACCAAGAAGGAAACAAAAGCGUUGGGUUGGAUAUUGAGGCUGAAGUUCCUGCUGUAAAAGACAUGUUGGAAGCUGGUAUUCUAGAUACCUACUUGGGGAAGUAUUGGGCCAUUAAAUUAGCCACCAAUGCUGCAGUCACUGUGCUUAGAGUGGAUCAGAUAAUCAUGGCAAAACCUGCUGGUGGGCCCAAGCCUCCAAGUGGGAAGAAAGACUGGGAUGAUGACCAAAAUGAUUGAAUGGCUUUUUGUUGUAAGUGAAGAAUUUGUAGAGUAGGAAUUGCCUAAUGUUUUCUUAUUCUCCUUUAAGUGUUUUCUGUUUGUACUCUGGUGGAUGAUAAAAUAAACAUUACUGUUAAGUAUCUUA